AUGAAGGCCGGAGUUCUCGCAGUCGCGGCUGCAAUUGCAGGUGGUGUUAAUGCUAGAGACCUUGGAAGGAGACAUGGUCAUCAAGAUUUCCAUGAGAGAGGAUUGUUAGCCACACCAUCGGAGUCAUGUGGUUGUACAACUGUUUGGUCUACCGUCACUGGUGAACCUCAAUUAUACUUCCCACCAGCUCCAACCGCUGCUUCUGUUGCUUCUGGUUCAGGUGCACCACCAGCACCAUCUGCCCCAGCAGGUUCUGACGCAUGCUCCAAUGCCUGCAACACUGAGUACAACAACUGUCGAAGUGCUCCAGAUGCAAACCGAUCCACUUGUGCCUCCAACUAUGCAUCAUGCCUUGGAUAUUCUCCGUAUGAUAGCAACGGAUCACUUGUCACCCCAACUGCUUGCUCCUCAGUAGCAUCGACACCAGCAGCUUCUGCUCCAGGUUCAUCGGCACCAGCGCCAUCGGCGCCAGCACCAUCUGCCCCAGCAGGUUCUGAUGCAUGCUCCAAUGCCUGCAACACUGAGUACAACACCUGUCGAAGUGCUCCAGAUGCAAACCGAUCCACUUGUGCUUCUAAGUAUGCAUCGUGCCUCGGAUAUUCUCCAUUUGAUGGCAACGGAUCACUUGUCACCCCAACUGCUUGCUCAGUAGCAUCGACACCAGCAGCUUCUGCUCCAGGUUCAUCCGCACCAGCACCAUCUGCCCCAGCAUCGUCAGCUCCAGCCACUUCAAAGGGAGUAUCAACUGCUCCUACUGCCCCAGCUUCAACUGCCCCAGCCGUUGUCCCCACUCCUUUGGCAACCACGUGCCCAACUCCAGGUGUCUACACCAUUCCAGCCACCACUGUGACUUUGACUGAAUCCACCACUGUCUGUGGUGCUACAUCAACUGGUCUUCCAUCCGCAGGAACUUACACCGUUGGAGGUGUCACCACUGUCGUAACCACCGCCACAACCGUUGUAUGCCCAUACGCUGCUGUCUCAACUUCAGAAGGUGUAGUCACAAGCACCAUCUUGACCACUACCUAUGUAUGCCCAUCCGCAGGAACAUACACCAUCAAUCCAUUAACCACUACCGUUACCGAGCCUGCUGUUUGGGUUUACCCAACUCCUGCUUCCUAUGCUCCAGGAACCUACACACAACCGGAAGUUGUCACCACCAUCACCGAAACUAAUGUGGUUGUUUUCUGCCCUUACUCUUCAUCAUACUCCACAAUUGUUGAUGCCACACUACCAGCUGGUACACCUGCCCAGGCUACUUCUGCUCCAGCCCCAGUCACGACUUCUGUCGUAGUACCAGUCGCAACACCAAGCUCUAGCUCAGUUUAUGUUGCUCCUUCUUCAAGCGCUGUUUCCGUUGCUCCAUCCUCAAGCGCUGUUUCCGUUGCUCCAUCCUCAAGCGCUGUUUCCGUUGCUCCAUCCUCAAGCGCUGUUUCCGUUGCUCCAUCCUCAAGCGCUGUUUCCGUUGCUCCAUCCUCAAGCGCCGUUUCCGUUGCUCCAUCCUCAAGCGCCGUUUCCGUUGUCCCAUCAUCUUCCGUAGUUAAAUCUUCCGUUGCAUCUCCAUCUGCCUCCUCCACUUCCUCCUCCUCUUCCGGAAACGGAGGCAGUGUAGGAAGCACUGGAAAGCAAUGGGCUAUGACUUAUUCCCCAUACCAAGAUUCUGGAUCUUGCAAGACUGCUGCAGAAGUUUCCGUUGAUGUAGCACUCAUUGCCUCCAAGGGAUUCACAGCCAUCCGUAUCUACAGCACCGAUUGCUCCGGACUCGAGAACGUCGGUAACGCUGCUAAGCUUGCUGGUAUCAAAAUGAUCGUCGGUAUCUUCAUUAGCGAGACCGGAUGUUCCGGAGCAGCCGAUCAAGUCACUGAACUUAUUGCAUGGGGACAAUGGUCUCUCGUUGAGCUUAUCGUUGUCGGUAACGAAGCCAUCUUUGGUGGUCACACUACCGCUUCUGAACUCGCCGGAUUCAUCAGCUCCUCCCGAGCAUCCUUCGCAAGUGCUGGAUACACUGGUCAAAUCACCACCACUGAGCCCCUCAACAUCUGGCAAGAAAACACCAGUGUCCUCUGCUCCGCCGUCGACAUCACUGGUGCUAACCUUCACCCAUUCUUCAACGCUGAAGUCACUGCCGAAAAUGCUGGUAAAUUCGCUCUCUCCCAACUCGAGCUUGCCGAUGCUAUCUGCCCUGGUCUUACUGCCAUUAACCUCGAGUGCGGAUGGCCUUCCGCUGGUACCUGUAACGGAGCUGCUUGCCCGGGUGUAGAAGAGCAAAAGACUGCCGUCUCUAGCAUCAUCGAGUCGUGUGGUGGACGUGCUGCCAUCUUCUCUUACACCAACGACCUCUGGAAACAACCAGGUAGUUUUGGCUGUGAGCAAAGUUGGGGUUCCAUCCAACUUUUCUAG